CUUUUGUCCAAAAUUAUCAGCUUUGCUCUCAAAAAGAAAAAGAAAAAGCUAGAGUCUUUGAUAAGCUGUUCAUCCCUAUGACAGGAAGAAGAGGGGCCUAAAAUUCUUUGGUCCCUGGUCUUCUACAAUCAAAGGGUACUCUCAAGACACUAAUAUUGAGUUCAUUCAAGUGAAAGUGUUUCAGAACCAAGAAGCAAAAAUGGGUUCAAACAAAAACUGUGAACAUAACGGCGAGAUUCAGGAAACAGUCAGUUUCAACAAACACAGAACAGCUCCUACUGAAACUAGAAUUGAAUUUCAAGGAAUUGAACUGAACGGGUCCAAUACCGAUAGAAACCUCAACGACUCAAUCCCAGUAUACAUCCCAUCCAUCGAAAAUGGCCUCAUGCCUAAUAACAAUCAUCGAAAGAAACGCUUCUUCGAUUUCCUAAGAGCUCGACCAACAACAAAUCACUCAGAGCAACGAAGAUUUCGUGUUCCUUUCAUCAAAAAAAUCAGCUGGAGCUCUCUCCUCAAAUACUGCAAGAAAUGGAUGAAGGACCCAGCCAAUGUUGCUCUCUUCAUCUGGGUAGUUCUCUGUGCUAUUGGCAUAGUUUGGGUCGGUCUCUUCAUGAUCGGAGCAUUAAACGGAGUAAUGCCCAAUAAAGAUCAACGAGACAAAUGGGAGGAAGUCAUCAACCAAGUCGUCAAUGCUCUCUUCAACAUUAUGUGCAUUUAUCAACAUCCCUUGAUCUUUCACCAUUUAGUACUAGUUCUCCGUUGGAGACCUAACGAUCAAGUAGCUGCAAGAAAGGCUUAUUCGAAGAAUGGCCUUCGAAGACCUAAUGAGCGGGCCCACAUUCUGAUUGUUGUGUUGUUGCUGCACCUCACGUGCAUAGCUCAAUAUGUAUAUUGUGCGCUUUUUUGGGGAUGGUCGAGAUUUAAUCGUCCAGAAUGGCCUCAAUACGUCUGUAUUGUGAUCGGAGCCCUGGCACCGAUCCUAUGUAUUGUGAUCGGAGCCCUGGCACCGAUCCUAGCCGCCUGGUACACUUACUACGGUCCUCUGGCAAAGGAAAUUACCGAAACUAGAACUGAAGAGGAGUCUCAGACUCGGGUACAAGAGGUGGGAAAAGAGGUGGAAAUGAGCGAUGAAAAGAUUAUGAUCACAACGCCGAAAUGGAUUGGAGGCUUAUUUGAUUGCUGGGAUGAUAUCACCGGAGCUUUCCUGUCCUGUUUCUGUACCUGUUGUGUUUUUGGAUGGAACAUGGAGAGGCUAGGGUUUGGCAAUAUGUAUGUGCAUAUAAUCAGUUUCGUGCUUCUUUGCCUGUCGCCAUUUUGGAUAUUUGCGAUAUCAGCGAACAAUGUGGAUGAUGAUACUGUCAGGCUCAUUAUUGCCAUCGUAGGAGCUGUUUGCUCUUUUCUCGGGUUGUUAUAUGGAGGAUAUUGGAGGGCUGAGAUGCGAAAAAAGUUCAAGUUACCAGGGAAUCCGUUCUGCUGUGGUUAUCCGUUUAUAACGGAUUCUGCAAAUUGGCUGUUUUGCUGGUCUUGUUCUUUGGCUCAAGAGGUCAGGACUGCGAAUUUCUACGAUAUAGAAAGCGAUGGAUUUUACAGAAAAGUUACUGAUGAGGAAGGGAAAUUUGUACUGGUUCCUUUGCCCAGGGAAGGAAAUUUUACGACAGUUGAUUCUUAUGAGGGGAGCCCGAGAGAAUUGUCAGGGGUUGUUAUAGCUAUAUCCAAGGUUCAUGCAAUGGAACCACCAUUACCACUGGUGAUGCAGACGGAAGAUGAUGGUGAGACUGCAGCCAAUGCAAGGGCAUAAGAAAGAUUCUUUGUGCUGGCAUUUUUGGAUGAAAGAUUGUGAGGUGUUUCCGUGAUUUCUAGGGUUUUUUCUUUCUAUUGUUACAAUAUAUGAUUGAGUUUGAUUGUUGUAAACAGAUAACAUUUGUAUUU